AGUCAUUUCUUCUUGUUGACAGAUUACCCAGGUUUCACCAUUGUUUGGCUAUUGCAAAUCAUUUUAAUUUUAUCUUCCAAUUAAUUUGGACUGCAUCGCUUUAACCUUUUCUGUAAAAUAUUAAAUAUGUAUCCUCUCCAGGAAGGCCACCACGCACCACCUACCAAGCGCACUAUGCCAUGGACUAAACUACGUGAACUGUGCCAUGUGGUAUACUACUAGUAUAUGUGUGGCUGCUUCCCCUCCCGAUCUACAUCUUGCUUCUAUUUCACAAAGCCAUAUUCCUGUUGAUAGAGUUCACUGUGAAUCUGCCAUACCAUCCAUGAGCGGGAUUGGAGGGAUGAUUGCGAGUUCCGUGGCGAAUCGGGUCGCCAGCAGGCUCAGCGAGCUUGUGGUGGAGGAGGCCACUCUGCUGUGGAGAUUCAAGGACGACGUGGACGACAUGGAGGAGAAGAUGAGAGAUCUGGAGGCUGUGAUACAAGAUGUUGAUGGCAAAGCACGCCAGGGAGGAAAAGAUGGAGAGGCGGAACGGCGGUGGCUCAACAAACUCAAGUCCGUCGCCUACGACGUUGAGGACGUGCUGGAUGAGCUCGAUGCUGCUCAGCUCAUCAAGAACCAUCAACCCAAGCUCAAGUUAUUCCUUUCCCGGAACAAUCCGCUUCUCCGGAAGAUGACCAUAGCCCGCAACAUGAAGAACUCGAGGGAGAAAAUAGUCUCAAUAAAAAAGGAUAGCAUUAAGCUUCAUCAUGUGCAUCGUGAACUAGUGGCAGAAGGGAGUAGAGACAAUGAAACUUUUGCAGAUGAUGGUGACGUGGACAUUGGAAUGCUAGGGAGGGAUGCCGAAACAAAAAAAAUAAUCAACCUUCUGUUGAACACUGAAGCUAAGGAGGAUAUCUCAAUCAUCCCAAUUGUUGGGCUUGGUGGACUAGGGAAGACUACCUUAGCCCAAGCAGUUUUUGCAGACAAAAGGGUCAAUGUCUUUGAUUUGCGAAUCUGGGUCUAUGUUUCCAAGGAGUUUGACCUGCUCAAAAUUGGGAAGGCUAUCAUCAGAGGAGCAAACAGAAGUAUCAACCUGGACAACUGCAACUUGCAGUUUGUAAACAAUAAUCUGAAAAAAGAACUUGCCAACAGAAGAUACUUGAUUGUUCUAGAUGAUCUCUGGGAAGAAUAUGGAGAAAAUUUGGAAAAGUUGAAGCAGAUGUUACAACAUGGCGGAAAGGGUAGCAAGAUUAUAGCAACUACACGUAGUGGAAGCGUAGUGCAAGUACUAUACACUGGUUAUCUUGCAAAUGAACGGAAAGUAUGUCCGGUGCCUGAGCCUGAUCAUAUCAAUUUGGGUGUUUUAUCACCUUACGACUGCUGGAGCGUCAUGAAGCGGAGAGUAUUUGGGCCUGAUGAUGGCCAAAAUGGCUUAGAGGAAAUUGGAAGGCAAAUUGCCGAGAAGUGUGGAGGACUACCACUGGUGGCAAAUGCUCUCGGGCAAGUAAUGUCUGAACAUAGGACGGUUGAGGCAUGGACAGAUAUAAGGGAUAGAAAGAUUGUUUUGGAUUUCAAAGCAGAUCAUCAGCAAGACACUAUAGAGCGCCUAAUGUUGAGCUAUUACUAUAUGAAGCGAGAAUUCAAAAUGUGCUUUACAUAUUUGGCAGCCUUUUCGAAGGGUUUCGUCAUGGACACUGAUCGCUUGAUCCAGCAAUGGAUAGCCCUUGGAUACAUUGAAGCACGAGAUAAUGGUCAAAGGUGUGUCAACUAUCUUUUGCGGAUGUCCUUUCUUCAGAUUUCCAAGUCUUCCAUGGUUAGUCCAAUGCACACCAAAGCUCCACGCAAGCUCACCAUGCAUGAUUUAGUGCAUGAUCUCGCAACAAUAAUUGCUCCUGAUGAAUUCCUUGUCAUGGACGCUACCAUGCCAAAUACAUGGAGCAAAGCUAAUAAUAAGCGUUAUUGCCGACAUGCACAGUUGGUCAACUACCAGAAGCAACCCAAGUUUUUCAAAGAUCUACCAAGCAAGGAACAAAAGGUGUGCUUGAUAAGGCUUGGUCCAUUAAAGAGUGUCUAAAUUUACCUGGCCGUGAAGAACAUGAUGUACAUGAGAUAGAAAAUGGAGAGUGUUGCAGUAUAGUGGAGCUUGGGAAACUAAGUUGUCGUGCACUGGGAAUUCAACAUCUUGAAAAUGUUGAGCGGCUGGACAAUGCAAGGGAAGCUAAGUUGCGUGAUAUGACUGACCUUCGGGAACUAACUUUGUCAUGGGGACUUGGUGGCACGAGAAAUGUGGACAAGGAUGAAGAGGUGCUUGAGAACCUAUUACCUCCUCGAACUCUUGAAAGUUUUAUGGUACAUGUGCAAGGAUUUCCCU